AUGUCGAGUGAUGAUAAAAGUAAAUCUAGUGACCCCAAGAACGAGCCCAAGAACUGCGAUCCCACGUGUGAGCAAAAGUGUGAGUCCAAAUGCCAGCCCAGCUGUUUAAAGAAGUUACUGCAACGCUGCUCUGAAAAGUGCCCACGGGAGAAGUGUCCAGCACCACCCAAGUGUUCCCCCUGCCCUGCGCCGUGCCCGAUGCCCUGCCCUGUGCAGUGCCCGACACCCUGUCCUCCCAAGCCCUGCGCCAAGCCCUGCACCAAGCCCUGUCCUCCUAAAUGCCCACCUCCCUGCCCACCUCCAGAAUGA